AUGGCGGAGUUAUGGAGAGUUUUUGAAGGUUUGAAACUCUCAUUAGCUCUUGGUUACUUUAAAGUGGAGAUUAACGUUGAUUCUACUAUGGUGGUGGAAGCGGUUGAGAGAGAUGGUUCUAUGCAUAUUGGUUAUGUGGCGAUUUUUAAUCAAAUUAAAGUUCUUAUGAAUAAGCUUGAAGGUGUUACAAUUGCUCACUCUAUUAGAGAAACAAAUUUAUGUGCUGACGAUCUUACUUCCGUUGGGUGUUUUAUUGAGUCCGAGAUUUUGAUUUAUAAUUCACCUCCUAGUUGUAUCUCUAGUUUUUUAGCUGAGGACCCGUGUAGGGUGUCCUCCGCUAGGCUUUUCCCUCUUUAG